CUUUCGGAUCAAGGUGGCGGCUUUCCCCGAUCAGUAAACGAUCAACUCUUCCGGUAUACUUACACCACAGGCGGUUUAAGGACAGGCCGCAGUGAAUCAAUCCUGUCUCCUUCGGCUGGUUACGCGCCGAUUGCUGGCUAUGGAUAUGGACUCCCGUUAUCGCGACUCUAUGCGCGUUACUUACAUGGGGAUUUAAGUUUGUCGGGAGCGGAAGGCUACGGAACUGACGCUUACGUUUAUCUCAUGCGUCGGGCUGCGGAUGCAGAUGAAUUCUUGCCUGUCUUCAAUCGCACCUCGGCUCGGCGCUACGAGUCGGUAGGCAUACCCAUUGACGACUGGAUCAACCGCAACAUAACUCAUGAAACGCCUCUCCAAACACCGUCGCAGGUAUAG